AUGGGAGUGAAAAAGAACGAGACCAAGCCGAAACUCAGUGUGCAGGAGCGAAUCACAGCGAAUCCACCGAAGAAGAUCGAAGGGAAAGUCGCGCGUUUGAUUUCUAAGCAACUGGAAACGGUUAUGGACAGAGGCAGAAUCAGGCAGAAUCAGGCCAACAUGAACAGCCAUGCUCUGCCUGAGGCUGCCAGUCAGUUGAGUCAGCCCCCCACCACCCCUCCUUGCCCCGCACGCUGA